AUGGUCAUCGAACUGUAUCAAUUACCUUACUCUGCUCCUUGCCUACAAGUAAGAAUGGUUGGUAAAAUCCUCAACAUUCCCAUUGAGACUAAACAUCUUGAUCUGGAGAAAGGUGAACACUUAAAACCCGAAUUUCUGAAGAUCAACCCUUUCCACUGUAUUCCGACCAUGGUUGAUGAUGGAUUUGCUUUAUGGGAAAGUCGGGCAAUCAUGACUUAUUUGGUUAACAAGUAUGCACCUGAAAGCAGUCUUUAUCCCAAAGACGCGAAAGCUCGUGCAACUGUCGAACGAUGGCUUUACUGGGACACUGGUUCACUCUACGCGACUCUUUUCUCGUACUAUAUAGUUAUUAUCGAAGGAGGUAAACCAGAUCCAGCAGUUGCUACACUUUUCAUGGAUAAAGUUAAGCUUCUUGAUGAGGCCCUUGCAAAGACCAAGUACUUGUGCGGAGACAACAUUACUUUGGCUGACCUCUCUGUUUUGUGUAGCAUAAGCGCUGCUAAAGGUGCAGACUUUGAUCUUAGUGCAUACAAAAAUAUUGAACGUUGGUUGAAGACACUGGAAACUAACUCUGCUAGUUGGUGGAAAGAGUUGGUCACUGACCCUAUCAAAGAUUUCCGAGAAUUCCUUCGAAAUUGUUCUCGUUAA